AUGGUUUGGAAUUCGAUUGUCAUGAUCGCGGCUACCAUUAUCCAAUGUUCUUUGGGUCCUUCUCCCGCCAUUAACUUUGUGGCUGUCUUGGGUUUCUGGAGAAUUAUUAUGGGUAUCGGUAUCGGAGGAGAUUACCCUCUUUCCUCCAUCAUCUCAUCGGAAUUUUCCACCACAAAAUGGAGAGGUGCUAUCAUGAGUGCGGUUUUCUCCAACCAAGGUCUUGGUCAAAUUUUUGCCGGUAUUGUUGCCAUGGUUUUGGUGGCUGCCUACAAGGGUCCAUUGAACGUGAGUACCACCGAAUGUGUGGGUGACUGUAGAAAGGCUUGUGACCAAAUGUGGAGAAUCUUGAUUGGAUUUGGAUGUGUUCCAGGAUGCAUUGCCUUGUACUACAGAUUGACCAUUGCUGAAUCUCCAAGAUACUCAUUGGAUGUUAACGAGCACGAUGAUGUUCAAAAGGUUGCCGACGCUGAAGGUGCUCUUGAUGUUCAUGCCCAAGAGAUUGCCCCUCCAAAGGCUUCUUUCAAAGACUUCUGGAGACAUUUCGGACAAUGGAAAUACGGAAAAUACUUGAUUGGUACUGCCGGUUCUUGGUUCUUCUUGGAUGUGGCUUACUACGGAUUGGGUUUGAACACCUCGGUCAUCUUGCAAGCCAUUGGUUACGCUUCUUCCACCAACCUUUACCACAAGCUUUACAACACCGCUGCCGGAAACUUGAUUUUGGUUUGUGCCGGUUCUUUGCCAGGUUACUGGUUCACUGCUGCCACCGUUGACACCAUUGGACGUAAACCAAUUCAAUUGGGAGGCUUCAUCAUCUUGACCAUUUUAUUCUGUGGAAUUGGUUUCGGAUACCACAAGUUGACUGACAAAGGUUUGCUUGCAUUGUACGUUCUUGCUCAAUUCUUCCAGAAUUUCGGUCCUAAUACUACCACUUUUAUCGUUCCUGGUGAAUGUUACCCAACUAGGUACAGAUCUUCCGCCCACGGUAUUUCUGCUGCCUGUGGUAAGGUUGGUGCUAUUAUUGCUCAAACUUGUCUUGGUACUUUGGUCAACCACGGAUGUGGAUCCGACCCUAAAAACCAAAACUGUUGGUUAAACCACGUUAUGGAGAUCUUUGCCUUGUUCAUGUUGCUCGGUAUUGGUACCACACUUUUGAUUCCAGAAACCAAGAGAAUGACUUUAGAACAAAUUUGUGAGAAGUAUCACGAUGAAGUUGACACCACACAAAUUGGAAGAGACAGAUACACUACGCACGAGGAAAGCUAUGAUUCCGAGGAAAAGCAAUAA